AUGUCCAUCGUCAGGAACUUAACAUUUCAGUCCAACGAUCUCGGCCGAGAGACGACGAUUCUGCUCGCUUUUGAUGCAGAUGUGGAGGGCCUCUACGACACAGUCUACCCCGUUGUUUGGAGAGUCUUCACUUUCCCAGAGACAGGCUCACGCAAGUUUCAAGUGACCUACACGAAUGACCUUGUUCUUGCUGAAGCAGACAUCAUGGAUGGGAACCUCGUUAAUACUUUUACUGACUUCAAGCUGAAGCCAGGCCAACAAACCACGCUGACCCUAGAAGAUGACAUUAAUGAUACCUUGAGUUUCUCCCCACCUGUGGAUGGUACCAAUGGCUACCUGACGGCAGAGAACAAGACUGGGCUUGUCCAGGACCUUGCAGUCGGGUUUUUUACCCCAACUCCACACCUUGUCUCGUCUAAGCCUGAUCCGGCGCUCUUCUUCAAGGAAGUCGAAGACGGCAGUAUUGCCACUGCUCAGUGGAAACCAGUCCUGCGCGUCUACCUCGAAUCAGACUAUCAAGCGACCGAGGUCUUGGUUGAUGCUAUCGAUAGCACUGCCAUUUGGGAGCAGGAUCUCCACCGGCUUUUUCGGAAUACGACCUUCAACCUCGAACGGGACGUAAUGACUGGACGUUGCAUGCUCGCGAAGACCAAAUGA